AUGCAAACCUCACGUUCGAGCUCCCUCCCCCAUCGUUGGUGCCGCCAUCACGGCUGUUCACGCGACAGCGUCAACUGCAUUAACCAGAUCAACAGGCAGGCCGAUUCGGCCUUCCAGUGCAAGACGACCGUGGGCAACCAGACCGUCGCCUUCGCCAACCUGCUCCCGGACAUUGUCGGAGACAAUGCCGGAGACAAGACGGGCAACAAGAUCAAGGAUGUUGCGGUCGGCUCGGAUAUCAUGCCCGCACUCCAGCAGCGCCUCCACCUCGGGCAGCGGCAGCGGGUCGGUCCCUCUCAGCAAGUUCGUCCCAAGCAACGAGGAGACGGACCGAGCAGCUUGGGCUCGACAGCAGAUAAGGCGGCUGCCUUGGCGGCGUCUGGGCUAUUAUAA